UAAGGCUUAAGCAAAGAUGUUUUGAUCAAAAUCAUAAUACAGUCUUCCCCAUAAAGCUUUCAACGAGGUGAGGCAGUAGGUGGACAUUGAUGAAUCUUAAGGUUUCUAAGAGAUCGAAUCUCGACGGCGGUCAAGCUGAACUUAUCCAUCGAAUCGGCUCCGUACGCGUCCAAAUCGCCAGAGAUGAGGAUACUUCAAGUUGCUAUUUGCCAAAACAGAUUCGAACCAGGGGACAAUCAGCUGUGCUCAUCGCCUCCUGAGGUUGCUGUAGACUCAGCUUUUUUCCUCGCCAUCUUCUCUAGUAACUCUGAGUCUCCCGCAUGGUUCUUGAACAAGCUUGUCAAAAUUCUUCGGUAUUCUUCAGAUCAUCGGCGAGAUCUUAUUAUCUUCAUGGCGCAUGAGACAUACCGGUCAGAUGUAAGGAAGAAGAUAGGCAGUUACCAGGUGGAAUCCGCAGAACAGAAAAAGAGGAAUCUCAAGAGAGGCGUAAUAGAAGAAACUGUCCCUCUAGGGUUGACGAAGUUGGAUGCUAUGGAUCUUAACAAACAACAUGCACAUCGACAAUCAUUAUUAGGUCACGAGCAGUUGGAGUUUAAGAAUGGGUGGAAUCAGAAAAAAGAAUUCAUAGUUAUCUUGACAGAUAACUAUAAGAGAAAGUCAAUGAGAUAUGCUAAUGGCCUUCCAUUAGCUUUAGAAAUUUGACUUUUUCUUUUCAAUGUAAGAAAAAAAUGAAUGGGAAAGCCAAUUGGAAAAGCUCAAAACUAUUUUUUGUGUAAUAAGUUAGUAUGCAUUGAAAGUGAGUUUUGAUGGAUUAGGUUGUGCAGAUAUAUUUUUUUUCAAAGUUAAAAGAGGUGGAGUAGAUUAAAAAUUUUUCAAGAUAAAUCUCUUUUAACUAUUGUGAAGAAAUGAAUUGAGUCAAUGCAUGACUUGAUACAAGAAAUAGUUUUGAGUUUAUAUUAAAGCUUUUCUAAUCAUUUUUUUGAAAUGAAUUGCAUUGAUGCAUGUUUUAAUUCAAAAUAAUGUCUUGAGCUAGUUGAAAAGGUAAUUGGUUAACUAAGACAAAGCCUUUUUAACUUUAUCUAUUUUUCAAAAUUAAUUGUAGCAAUGCAUGACUCGAUAGAAGAAACGGGUUGGGUGGAGUAACAUGUUCACAAAGAAAAGGACUUGUACCUGUUUUCAAAGAAUUGGUUGAAUAAAUGCAUGACUUAAUUCAAGAAAUGAAUUAAAUAAAUGCAUGACUUAAUUCAAGAAGUGAAUUAAGUGAGUUGUUAAGUGUCUUAUUUUUACGAGUCAACCAUAUCACUGCAUGAGUUGAUACAAGAAAUUGACUGAGACGACAUUCCUGGGAAAUCUAUGGAAAUCUUGUAAAACAUAGCUGUUUAUGGAAUCUUGAAGAUAUUUAUCAAGUACAUGCGUACCAAGGUUAUUGAAGGCACAGCUCUUGAUGUGUCAAAAGUUGAAGAGCUAUAUUUGACUAUUCUUGGUGCACAAGCCAAUAUUUCUUCUGAUUAUAACUCUAAGCAUGAAGAGAAUGGCUAGCAUCUUUUCAAGGCAUUGAGUCAUUCUGGAAGAAAUAAGAUAACUUCGUUGGGAAAAUUUUCCUUUUGAUGUUAUUGCGAUAAGCAUAUUUUUGGCUGAAAUCUUGUUUAUGCCUGAGUUGCCAAAUAGCUGCGUCAGAAAACAUUUGGCAUGUGGUCCAAGUAUAUAUGUUGGUACUUUUGUUCAGUUUUCUAUUCAUUUAAGAGCCAAAAGAACCUUCUGAGAAGCCAUUUGAUAUGAUCUUUUACUUGAUUGUUUUCGAAUUUCCAGGAACAUGAGCCUGGGAAAUUCAGAGAAGAGCUCCCCAUGUUUCCAAUGCCAUAUAUCAUAAAGAAGCAUAUUUCAAUCAUUGUCUCCCUCCCUCUCUCUGAACUCUCAAGACUCGGAAUUUUCACUGGCAUAAGAGUAUAUGAUACAGUGGAACUGAAUUAGGACAGCUAUCUAUGAAUUUCCCUCGUUCAUUGGGCAUUUGAAUGAAAUUAACCAUUCUAUCUGGAUUGCUGCAAAACUUUGUUGAAACUUCUGAACAUUCUGAGAUGGCUCGAGAUCUCUUGGAAGACAUAGUGAUGGAGGUUGCAUGCCUUUUGGCGCAUCACAUCUACGUUUUCCACUAGAUAGUUUGUGAUCUUUAGAAGAGCUAAGGCUGAACAAUAGUUGUCGGUAUUCUACUUCUGGGAAGCAUAAGCUUGGUGGAACUGCCAUGGAGGGAUUGCUUGCAAGCCUUGAACAUCUUUCAAGGCUGCGAUAUCUUCUUCACUUACAUCGUACUACAGAAUGCCAAUCACUGUAAAUCCUCCGAGAUACGUACGAUUAUCCCAUCAAAACAGGUUUCCAAUUAAUUGAUGUGCCAUCAUCUUCACAUUCCAAGGAUUGAAGUUUCAUUUUCUGUUUUAUUGAGUGUCAUUUCCAUUAAGUUUGUUUAGUGGCUUCAAUUUUACGAGCUUGAAACUUGUCAGUAAUGUUCAAAUGUAGUGUAAGUUAAUGGUAUCGAUGAAGUUCCAGUCCUUUAUUAGAAUGGCAAUACGAGUCAGCCUUUCCCUUCUAACAUAGACCUUAUUAUUAUAGAGUUGACUUCAGAUC